GCGCUCUAGCAGUACCCGCAGCCUGCAGCGUUCUCUAUGGUGACCCGGCAGGCGCUGCGGGUGUCAUGGCGGCCGUUGAGGUGGCAAUGCCGGGCGCCGCCGGACCGAGCCGUUGAGGCCUGUGCCGGGCUGGGGCCGAUGCUCACAGGCCAGCCUGGGCCCUGGGAUUAGUUUAGUGCGGCCGGGGCCGCCAUGGCGUCGUGGCUGGGGGGCCUGGGCGCGGGGCUGGGCCAGUCGCUGGGUCAGGUGGGCGGCGGCCUGUCCUCGCUCACCGGGCACAUCUCCAGCCUCACCCGGGACAUGCUGCUGGAGGGCGCCGAGGAGUUGCGCGAUGAAUCAGCAGAACUUCAAGUAUCCAAUUCUAGACUGAGAGAAAUAGAAAAUAUUCAAGCAGCACAAAAGUCUGAGAAUGAGAGACUGAAAAAAGUCUGUAGUGAUUUGGAAGAAAAACAUGAAGCGGCAGAACUUCAGAUAAAACAGUUAUCCAUAGAGUACCGAAAUCAGCUACAACAAAAAGAGGUGGAAGUCAGUCAUCUGAAGGCUAGACAGAAUGCGCUACAAGAACAAUUGCAAAAGUUACAGACAGCUGCUCAGGCAGCCCAGCCAGGAAUUGUGCCACCAACCACUACAUCAGCUUCCUUUGUUCCUGUGGUUAGACAUCAUUCUUCAGGUUUUCAAGGAGAUGACAUGGAUUUUGGAGAUGUAAUUUGGUCCCAGCAAGAAAUAAACAGAUUGUCCAAUGAAGUUGCUAGACUUGAAUCUGAGGUUGAUCAUUGGAAACAGAUUGCCCAGUCUUCCAAAGUACAAAGAACAAAUGAUGAUGAACAGAGUGAAAUCUGCAAGCUGCAAAAUACCAUCAAAGAGCUGAAGCAGAAUUUAAGUCAAGAAAUAGAUGAACAUCAACACGAGCUUUCAGUGUUACAGGAUGCACAUCGACAGAAAUUAGUAGAGCUAAGUCGUCGACAUCGAGAAGAAUUAGGAGAAUAUGAGGAGCGAAUUGAAGAACUUGAGAAUCAGUUACAGCAAGGAGGUGCAGGCGCUGAAGUUACUGAUCAUUCUAAAAUAGGUGAACUGAAAAAGAUCAUUCAGAACCUACAAACUGGAAAAGCAGAGAGCAUGCACAAUAUGAAGGAACUGGAGGGUCACAUUAAAGAACUAAAUCAGAAAUUAGUUUCUGCAGAAGAGAGAAAUAACAUCCUGCUUAAAGAGCAAGAAUUGGUAAAGGUGGAAAAAAGCCAAAUAAUGCAAGAAUAUGAAAGGCUGAAUUCUGAGUUUAGUAAGCUUCAAAAUUCUGUUGCAGAGCAGGAGACUAUUCUGAAAGAACAGGGGGGAAAGUUCCAACCUAUGUCAUCACCUGUGGAGGAAGAAGUGCUCAGACUACAGCAAGCACUGUUGGAUGCAGAAAAAGAAAUACUGAGACUUAAUAGCUUAAAGCAGGCUGACAGUUUCAUAGGUGCAGGAGAAGAUUUUCCAGAAGUUAAAACAGAUAUACAAGUCCUAAAAGAAGAAAAUCAUAAGCUAAGGAAAGAGAAGGAAGAACUUCAGAAGGAACUGUUGGACUUCCAGCAAAAAAACGCAGUUGUUACACCUGCUUCAACUGAAGAUCAGACUUUGGAAUUAAAUCAGUUAAGGCAAGACUUGGAGAGGAAGGAGCAUGAAUUCAAUGAAAGUAUUUCUGAACGUGAAACUCUAAAAACAGAAUUGGAAGAACUGGACAAGCAGAACCAGGAAGCUACACAGCAUAUGAUUACACUGAAAGAGCAGCUAUCAAAACAGCACACAGAAACUGAUAGUACCAUCAACCAACUAAAACUUGAUAUAGAUAUGGAAAAAAGGAGAGUGUCCGAACUGGAAGCUGAGAAGAUGGAAAUGAUUAAGGAGCUUGGAGUUCAGAAAGAAAAAUUGACUCAGUGUACAUUUGCACUUAAUGAUUUGCAUAUGAGUAAGCAGGAGCUUCAGGAUAACAUCAAGGGCCUACAUGAAAAGCUAAAGAAAGCCCAGGAUUGUAACUUAAAUAAUAAAAAAGAAAUUGCAGAAUUGCAGCAAAAACUGAAAGAAAAAGAGGAACUUUCUGUAUCCCAGAACAAGUUAACCAAAAUAAAUAAUCAGGAAUAUAACAUUAGCUGUCAAGAAAAAGAAGCAGAAAUUGCAAAAUUGAAUCAAGACAUUGCAGAAAAUAAGCAAUUAAAUAAAAUUUUGGAGAAAUCUGUGUUUGAUCUCCAAGCAGAAAAUGAAAAUCUGUUUGCAGACUGUGAAGAACUAAAGCGGCAGUUGCAUGAAGCCAUUAUGGAGAAGAAUAAAAUUUCCUUGGAAAAAGGUACUAUGCUGGAGGCUUUGACAAUGGAAAAAGGACAGUUGAAAUCUGAAUUGAAUCAGACUGAAAAGAGGCUGUUGGAACAGGCACAUAAAUAUGAGCGAACCAUUGAGGAAUUAACAAAUACACGUAGCUUGAACACCACAGCAUUGCAGCUAGAACAUGAGCAUCUGAUUAAACUCAAUCAAGAGAGAGAUUUUGAAAUAGCAGAACUCAAAAGAAACGUUGAGCAGAUGGAAACUGACCAUCAAGAAACUAAAGAGAUGUUGACAACUAGUUUGGGAGGACAAAAGCAGUUGACAGAACUCAUAAAAGAAAAAGAGGUGUUUGUUGAAAAAUUUAAAAAUCAAGCAAUACAGGUGCAGCGAGAACUUGAAGAAUAUAUUAAGGCUUCCAAAAAGCAUGAGACUGUAAGACAGAAUUUAGAGGAAAAGGACAGAAAUCUUGCAGUGAUGAAAGAAGAAAAUAAUCAUCUGAAAGAAGAGAUUGAAAGACUGAAGGACCAGCAAAGCAGAUCUUCAGUUGUGGCUGAGCCCAAAACUUUAGAUAUUAUUACUGAACUUGAAAGUGAGAUAACACAGUUAAAACUAAUAAAGAAUAAUCUUGAAGAGGAAAUAAAGUUUCACAAAAAAACAAUUGAAGACCAGCAUCAGAAAACAGUGCAACUUCAACAGUCUUUGCAAGAGCAUAGAAAAGAAAUAGAUGAAUCUAAAUUUCAGUGUGAGCAAAUGAAUGUCACACAUGAAAAACUUUUCUUGGAGAAAGAUGAAGAAAUUAAAAGUUUACAGAGAACAAUUGAACAAAUUAAAAUUCAGUUGCACAAUGAGAGGCAAGUCAUUCAAACAGAUUCUUCUGAUCUCUUUCAGGAAACCAAAGUCCAGACUCUUAAUGGAGAAAAUGGAAAUGAAAAACAUGAUUUAUCUAAGGCUGAAAUUGAAAGGCUGGUAAAAGGAAUAAGAGAGAAAGAAAUGGAAAUUAAACAUUUGAAUGAAAAGAAUGUCUCUCUGACUCGACAAAUUGACCAGUUGUCCAAAGAUGAAGUUGGUAAACUCACUCAGAUCAUUCAAGAGAAAGACUUAGAGAUACAAGCUCUCAAUGCAAGAGUUUCCUCAGCAUCUUACAGGCAGGACGUACUAUGCCUUCAACAACAGCUGCAAGCUUAUGUCAUGGAAAGAGAGCAAGUGCUAGCAGUUUUGAGUGAAAAGACUAGAGAGAACAGCCAGUUAAAAGCAGAGUAUCAUAAAAUUAUGGAUAUGGUGGCUGCUAAAGAAGCAGCUUUGAUAAAGUUACAAGAAGAGAACAAAAAAUUAUCUAAUAAGUUUGAAAACAGCAGCCAGGACAUGUUUAGAGAAACUGUUCAGAAUUUGUCUCGUAUCAUUCGAGAGAAAGAUAUUGAAAUUGAUGCCUUAAGUCAGAAAUGCCAAACUUUAUUGACUGUCCUACAGACAUCAAGUGCAGGUACUGAUAAUGGGUCAGGAGGUGUUAACAGUAAUCAGUUUGAGGAGCUUUUACAAGAACGUGAUCAACUAAAACAGCAAGUUAAGAAGAUGGAAGAGUGGAAGCAACAGGUUAUGACAACUGUUCAGAACAUGCAACAUGAAUCAGCUCAUCUUCAAGAGGAGCUACAUAAGCUUCAAGCACAGAUUUCGGUUGACAGUGAUAGCAACUCUAAAUUACAGCUAGAUUAUAAUGGCUUAAUUCAGAGUUAUGAACAGAAUGAGAGAAAACUGAAAAGUUUUAGUCAAGAGUUAGUACAAGUUCAGCAUAGCAUAGGACAGCUUCAUAACACCAAGGACCUUCUUCUGGGAAAACUUGAUAUGGUAAAGCCACCAUUGCAGAUGGCCUCUUCUGGUGUUUUACAAGCUUCAGGUAUUCCAAGUGGUACUCCUGAAAUACUCAGUGACCACUCUAAGCAACUUCAACAGGAAUUGGAACGGCUGAAAAAUAUAGUUCAGGAAAAAGAUGCGACUAUCAAAACUCUUCAGGAAAAUAAUCAAAGGCUAUCUGAUUCCAUGGCUGCAAAAUCAGAGUUAGAAAGAAAGGGCCAAGAGGAGACUGAUUCAGAGAUGAAGCAGAUAAGGGGAAAACAUGAUGUUUUGCAGAAGUCUCUUAAGGAAAAAGAUCUCUUGAUUAAAUCUAAAAGUGAUCAGUUGCUUUCUGUAAGUGAAAAUCUUAGUAACAAAGAAAAUGAAAAUGAACUUUUAAAACAAGCUGUAACUAAUCUUAAAGAAAGAAAUCUAAUUUUAGAAAUGGACAUCCGUAAGUUGAAAGAAGAAAAUGAAAAAAUAGUUGAAAGGUGUAGAGAGAGAGAAACAGAAUUCAGAGCAUUACAAGAGACUAACAUGCAGUUUUCAAUGAUGCUGAGGGAAAAAGAAUUUGAAUCCCACUCAAUGAAAGAAAAAGCUCUUGCUUUUGAAAAGCUAUUGAAAGAAAAAGAACAGGGCAAGACAGGGGAGUUGAAUCAGCUGUUAAAUGAAGUGAAGUCAAUGCAAGAGAAUGCUGUUAGUUUUCAGCAAGAGAGAGACCAAGUCCUGGUAGCGCUCAAACAGAAACAAAUGGAGAACAGUGCCCUACAAAAUGAGGUGCAGCAUUUGCGUGAAAAGGAGCAACGUCUAAACCAGGAAUUAGAGAGGUUGCGUAAUCACCUUUUAGAAAUGGAAGAUUCUUACACGCGGGAAGCUUUAGCUGCAGAGGACCGGGAGACCAAGCUGAGAAAGAAAGUGACUGUAUUGGAGGAAAAACUAGUAUCCUCCUCAACUGCAGUGGAAAAUGCAAGCCAUCAAGCCAGUCUGCAGGUAGAAUCCUUGCAAGAGCAGUUGAACUUGGUUUCUAAGCAGAGAGAUGAAACUAUGCUUCAGCUUACCAUCUCACAGGACCAAGUGAAACAGUAUGCAAUGUCAUUGGCCAACCUGCAGAUGGUACUAGAGCAAUUUCAACAGGAAGAGAAAGCUAUGUAUGCAGCAGAGCUAGACAAACACCAAAAACAAAACACAGAAUGGAAAAGGAAAGCUGAAAGGCUAGAGGAGAAAGUUGAAUCAUUACAGGAAAGCUUAGAGGAAGCAAAUGCUGCCCUGGAUGCAGCCUCACGACUGACUGAGCAGCUAGAUCUGAAAGAGGAGCAAAUUGAGGAGCUUAAAAAAGAAGGUAACAAAUUGAUUUUUCCCUGAAGUCUUGCAAGAAAUUGAGAAAGCAGUGGAAAGUUUACAGAAGGAAUAAACUACCAGAUUUUCUCUUAUAAAAGAGCAAAUUCUGUGUAAUCUGUGACAAGGUUGAAUUUUUCAAUGUGGAAAAAUUAAAGUUUAUAGACUAGAGGUCCUGAAUUGCAGGUCUCUUAUCAGGAGAUAAGAUAUUAUAUUUAUUUUUUCCAACAGUGCUAGUCCUUAGUUAAAUAAGCUCUUUAAAAACAUGCUUGUGAAGUGCUCAGAUAAGUGAUUGAGACUCAUCUAAAGAUAAAUAGUUGUUGUAUGUUGCUAUGCACACAAGCAUGACUUUUCCUGAAACUUGGGGUUCUUUUUCUUUAACAUUCAUUUUUUUCUAUUGUAUGUACUACUUUGUCCUCUGUGUUUCUAUCCUGCUUUAAAAAUCAUCUUUCAUUGUAAAUUUUAUCCUAAACACUUAAUAGAAAAUAAAUGGUUAAAGUAAUAGCAGGAAGGGAGUAGUAUAAUUGGGAGGGAGAUAUUUAAAUCUUCAGUUGGGAGGAUGAUGGGGUAAGGGGGAGUGGAAGAAGGGGAGGAGAGAGGAGAUGGUCUGGAUGGCUGCUAGCAUCAGCAGCAGAUGAGUUUGGCUGAAGGGGCAUAGAGAAGACUAAUAAUAGACCAAGUUAAGAGCAGGAAUAAAUGUGUGAGGUGUUUUGGCAACAAUAAGUCUUUGGGGGCAUUUUAACAAUUUUGGAGCAGUGAGGG